GACGGUCUACCUGGACAUGGAUCACCUGUUGGUGCUGCUGCUGCUGUGGAGCUCAGGACUCCAGGCUGAAGGAAAUCACACCUCAACAGAGCCUGAUGAUGUCAGGUUGGUGGGAGGAGCCAGUCGCUGUGCAGGAACACUGGAGCUGAAACAUCAGGGAGACUGGAGACCAGUGAGUUACUUUGUCUGGACCCUGGAGACAGCAGCUGGUGUCUGUAGAGAGCUGGACUGUGGCUUUGCUGUUUCUGUAGGAGAGAGAAAGGAGUCCUCAGACAGACCUGUGUGGUGGAUCAUCUCUGACUGUGUUCAGUCUGGAUCUGCUCUGAGGGAGUGUGUAUCAUCAUUUUCAUCUCCCUUCAUCGUGGAUCUCACCUGCUCAGACCUGCUGCUUCAGCCCAACAUCUCUGCGUCCUCCUCCGUGGACGGGGUCUCCAAGGCCCAGCAGCAGGGCUUUCAGGUGUCCAGGGGCUCCAACUUCACCAUCAGCUGCUCCAUCCAGCCACAGUACCCAGGAGGCUCCUUCCAGCUCGCCUUCACCUCCUUCAUCACAUCACACAACUACACCCUGCCAGCUGUCAAUCACUCUGCCCACUUCCUGUUUCCUGCCGCAGAGCCCGCCCACCAAGGAAGCUACAGCUGUGUUUAUCACGUCCAUGUUUUUUCUCAUGACUUCACCUCUGAGAGCCGUCGGCUGUCUCUCACUGUCUCAGAUCCAACAGGUCUUCUCAUCAAAGUGGUCGUCCUGCCGCUGACUCUGCUGUUGGUGAUCGCUGCCCUUUGUUUCUACCGUAAGGCCAGCAGGGGGCAGAUGCCGGGCAGGCAGGAGGACAUCGAGCUGGAUUAUUAUAACCCGGGUGUUUCUGCAGCUGAAGGAGGGCCGACUGAAGAGGAAGGAGCUCAGGGAGCAGAGUAGGACCUCCAAGGAGCUCAUCUCAGCUGCCUCACAACCCACCAUCAGCUCAGUCCAGGAUUUUACUCUUUUCUAGUGAUGGAUAAGCCUCUGGUUCUGGUUCUUGGGGGGCCUUCACAGACACAGUUUGACUGCCUGACACAUUUACAAGCCAUAUAGUAACAUGAUGUGCCUUUGCUUUCAGAGUGAUAAUGGUUAACUGCUGAGCUCAGAUUACAAAAGUAGAACAUUUGAAGAAAGAUGUUUAAUUUGAUGUGGUGUUGUCACAUAGAGAAGAUGCUUGACUUUGGUGUGGGAGACCGGGGUUCGAUUCCCACUGUGAGACAUCCACCAUUGUGUCCCUGAGCAAGACACUUAACCCCUCGUUGCUCUGACAUGUAUAGCAAUUGUAAGUCGCUUUGGAUAAAAGCGUCAGCUAAAUGAAUAAAUGUAAUUUGAAAUACUGUCUUUAUUUCUUUAAUAUGUCCUGUAUCUCUGCAUCUCUUGUGCCUGACCUUAUCUUUGCCACUAGAAACCUUUGUCUGGGUACGGACAGACAUGCUCAACAAACCUGUACGCAAAAUGCUAAAAAGGACCUCAGUCCAGAGAUGUUCUGACCCACAUCUGCUGACGACUGCUCACAGUUUGUAGGACAAAACUCAAAAUGGUGGAAACUCGAUGCAGACGCCUGUGGGUGUGGCUUAUAUGGAUGGAUUCACCUGAACUUUGUCUGAGACGCGCCGACGCCGACCACAUCCACCUUGGGACAGUGGAAAAUAAAUGAAUGAAUAAAAAAAUUGAAUGACUAUUACUUUAAAUGAGGUCUUUUCACAAUAAAAGCACAUAAUAACAUGA